CAGGUAUGUUUUGGGGGAAACCUAGUUACACACAGCUGCUCGAGGAGUUCUUGCUCACAUGAGAUUAAGGUCUGAAUAAUUACGCAUGGAGUGAUCCUAACAGAGUUGAGUCACAGCUACAGUGGGUAAAAGGUCUCCCGUUGCCACCGCGUCCGCUGGAUAGGGGCUUCUCAAACGCUUCAGGUUACCUGCACAGCAGCUCAACCGAUCUCGCAGUAUUAAAAGCGUGAUUUAUUUUCCAGAACUGAGCUCAGAAUUCAGACCUUUGGUGGAUCGUGAGUUGGAAAUCUUCCGUCACACUGGGGCUAUUCUUAAGCCUUAACCACAGGAAACAUAGCCACGGCAGAGCCACAACUGCCCCAGCGCAGAUUACAUGUGUCUGCUGCUGAAUCAAAACCACUUCAGAGGAGUGUCUAAACCCCACUCAACUUCCUCCAUACUCGUCAUCUGUGGCCUUCAAGUCCAUGAUUCAGAAUUUAAGUUUUCCCUUCUGUAAUCACAUCUGGCCUAUAAGCUGAGUGCUGGAGCGGCGACUGAAUGAAGGCUGGACAUGCAUUUAAUGCCCGCACAACAAUUGCAUUUCAACACGGCUUAGUUUGUCAUCACGCAGCAACAAUAUCUGCCUUUAUUUGGAUAUAACAGUAUAAUCCGGGCUGUCAAACUGGCAUCUGACGGAGCCUCGGUAUAUGUUUGUCUGCUUGUAAUGUGAGUCAGGAUUCCGGUUGCCAUGCUGUAUGGUAGUUGAGCUGUGAAAGCUAGACAGAGGCGUGUUGGAACAAGUUUGAUAAGGGCUGGAGUCACUGUGCCUGACACACAACACUCCAACUAAGGACACACCACAGCCAUUUCUUCAUGGCAUGCGGCACAAAGUUAAACACAGGGGCAUCCAAAGGGAAUGCUGCCGAUCUCACAUCUCUUUCACAAUCCCCGCCGAGGUAUUUGAGUGCAGACAGACACGAAAACACCAUUAAUCUCAUUCAUUAUGAUGUUGCAUAGCAGUGGGUGAUUGAUUCCGUAACACGAUACGUAUGAUGCACUUAGUGAAAUUCGCCGUCUAGAUGGAGAGGGAAGAAGAAAACACAGAAGUGGGUUCAGGGUGAAGGCGCUGUUGCCAACAUGCUGCCACUCAUUUUUUUUAGAAUCCGACACCUGAAACGAUUCUUUUUACAGUAUGAAUGAACGCAGGUGUUUGUGUGUGUGUGUGUGUGUGUGUGUUAAAAAACGAGUCACCGCCCGAUGAAAUCAUCUGAAUAGUGUCACAUCAUCACCUAGUACCUUUUAGAAAUACAGUAACAAUCACAUUUUUGAAUAGUUCCACCUGAGAGGUGUGGAGAGGGCCAUUAAACCCAGGAGCUGCUUAUGAAAACGCGCAGCGGGCUCUGAAGUGUGCUGCUGAAUUGUGGUCUUUGUGAGCUUAAGCUAGGGUGGAUUUUGCCAGCCAGGGAGCGAAACAGACAGGGGGCUGUGUUUGAUUUGGUCGCUUGCCCACUCGUGCUCGUUUCACAUGUAUGGCGCCAUGCUUGUGCUACACAGGCAAGCCUGUAUGCUGACGCCAGGGCAGUCGCAAGGAGAGUGGCAGGGGCCCUGACUGGUGCUGGGUGGGUCAGCUUGUGCGGAUGUGGACUUUGCUUCAGGUGUAAGGAGAUUGUUGGAAACUGGCCGAUACGUGUGGACUUUUAAAUCAGAGAAGCUUUUAGUUUUCAUUAAAAAAUACGCCUCACAAAUGGUGCAAAUAGCUUCUUUUUUUUCGUUACUAAAUAGGUGUUUAAUUGACUCUUUUUUUGUUUUACCACUAAACGUAACAGCACAGACUGUGUCCCAAAUACAAUUUACGUAGAAAAAGCAGGUUCGCACUAAAAAAGUGACUAAAUUAAUUAGUUACUGAGUUGCUGGUGAUGGACAGUCUUGUCCCACAAUGCAAUGCACGAAUAAGUGGAGGAGCUACUCAGAGCUGCACAAAAUGAAAAUAAAUUGUGGAUGCUGGUGAAAGAUCUUGAAUUGGCAACAGUUAUAUUUUAUGUUUAAAGUGACAUUGUUUUCAAAUUAUCAUUUUAUCCCAGUUCACAUGUCUUAAUCUCAAUAUAGAUACAUAUUAAAAUUGCAUUUUGUUAUUAUGAUUUCUUUUGAAAUUCCUCCAGUCUAAAUCUUUUAUUUUGUUCUUUACAACUGUCCUCCAUUGCUGUUUGAUUGAUGUCCAUAAUGCUUAUAUCCCUUCCUGUUAGUAGAAAAUGGAAAAGUACACUGGCGUCUUGUACAGUAGCUUUACAACUUCAUUCAGAGUCAGUUUGAUUGAUGUGUGCGCACAUCUUAAACCACUUCUUUUUGGUACAAAAUGGAAAAGCAAAGGACUUCUCGCAAAAACCAUAUACCAUGAACAUUGCUAUUUGCUAAAUACUACUGUAUAUAUGUUUAGUAUGUAGUGGGGAUAGAUACAAAGUGUCACAGGAGGCUUUUAAUCCUGUCACUGAACAGCCAUCGAAACUGAACAGAUGACAUGUCGGAGCUGAUCUUUCCUUUUGUGCUGAGUAAAAGGGAUCACUCGUAUGUAUUCAAGCUAAAAUGUAUUUUUCCCCUGAGGAGGUGACACUUCAAGGAGACCUGCUGAGAGGCCUUCCUGUUGGCUGGAACUAGUGGUUAUGUGGUGGGGGUGGGGGAGCAGAUAUAUUCGCAUUCUCCAACCAAGAAAACAGCUUCUCCCUCUCUUUCUGUCUCCUCUGCAGUCUUCUCUCAAAUGCCACAAACUCACUUUCGCCCAGUGAACUUGGCACCUGUGUGACCAGCAACAGCAGAAGAGUUGUUCUAGUGCAGGGCGGCUCCAAAAAACACUAUUUUUGUAAGCCCUCCCACACCCGUCGUUCUUCCACUCCUGCUCUCCUUACUCAGUUCAUAGGCAUUCCAAUGGUAUUUAUAUUUCCCUCCAGAGCAGGGGGAAGUCGACAAGCCUUCACACAGACAUUGGAUUCAGCACAGCAAGGUGGGCAGUGCUCCCACAGCUUCCUUGCCAUUGGCCCCCCUGUGGUCACAUGACCUGCAGAGAUAGCCUGACGUGUUGGCACUCCUCCCCCUAAGCUCUGCUCUGCCUUCCUCCUCAGCUCACUUUAGGCUUUUUGCGCCUGUAUGUGAAGUUUUCUGUCGGUGGGAGAGUGUGUGGGUGAGUGUCUCAUCGGCCAGCGGUCAAGGGGCUUGUUCGGGGUACAGUGUUUCAGAUAUGUUUCGGGAGCUCCCAGAGUCCACAGGUAGCGAGUGUCUUGGGAGUAUGACCCCAGAGACUCAGGACUUCUACCUGAGAAUGGACCAUCACCACAGACGCUCCGGGUACCGGCUGGGCAGGAUCAUUGCCAGGCAGCAACUACUCAAGAAGAUCGCUGGAGAAAUUGAGGCGAAAGAGGCGUGCGACUGGCUGCGGGCAGCAGGAUUUCCCCAGUAUGCUCAACUCUUUGAAGAUUCCCAGUUUCCCAUUGACAUCACUCCUGUGAAAAGAGAUCACGACUUUCUGGAGAAAGAUCUCGUGGAACCUCUGUGCAGGCGACUCAACACCUUGAACAAGUGUGCCUCUAUGAAACUUGACGUGAACCUUCCCAAAAAGAAAAGUGAAGACUCUGAUGAAGAAGACCUGUUUGCUAUCAGUGACAAAUGGACUUUUGAGUGGAGCAGCCGGCGUUGGUCCAGGUUACAGGACAUUGACUGUCUGCUGGGAAACCACGGAGAAGGUCAGCCCUCCAGGGACGACGUGCCUCUGAGAACCACCACCAGCAGCGAGAGUGUUCUGACGGACAUCUCGGAGCCGGAGAUCUCUUCUCUGCACAGUGAGAGCAGCGGGGGCAGCGGCCACAGGGGCCUCAGCACAGAGGACUCCGACUGCUCCAACCGCACCGGCUCCGAUUCUGCUGCAAUGCCAGACUCUACUUCGCUCACAAUGCCCCACAUCCACAAAGAAAUUGCUCACUACAGCUCACUACCUGAUAAGCACGGCACGACAAGCCGCAUCCGUGCUAAAGACUUCCUGAAGCGCAUGGAGACACUGCGCUCCCGAGGAACUCUGGGAAGGGGUCGCAAGACGUUGGUCAUCGGCUCUCCGGUGCUUCAGCAGGAGGCCCGGGCGCUGAAGACGCUGCAAUGUGUCGACAUCAUAAAUGGAGAUGGUGGGGCUCCAGAAAUACCGUCCAACAAAGCUCUGCCGUCCCAGUCCGGUAGUGAGGGUAGCAGCCAUUCUAGCGGCAGCGCUGUCAGCACCCCCAGCCUGAAAGAGCGUAAACCCCACCGGGCUGACCACAAGCGUAGCGGCAUGUAUUUAGAGGACGUAGACAUCUUCUCAGGCACCCAAGUGAAUGAAGUCGCAGAACAAAACCGCAGGAAUGAAUUCUGCUCCUAUGAAGACCUGGUGGUCCACAUUCCCAAAGACCACAAGCCAGGAACCUUCCCCAAAGCACUGUCCAUAGAGAGCCUGUCCCCAACCAAUGGGGCCUCUAUCAACUGGCACACAGGCAGCAUGCACUUGGACUCCCCACUGAUUUCAUGUAGGAAGGAAUCCAGGCCUGUCACCCAGUGCUGCUCCAGAGGCAGCCGCAUCAGUGUGUACGAUAACGUCCCUGGCUCGCAUCUGUACGCCAGCACUGGAGACCUGAUAGACCUGGAGAAGGAGGACCUGUUCCCUCACCUGGAUGAUAUCUUGCUGCAUGUCAAUGGUCUACAGCAGAUAGUGGACCACUGGUCUAAGAAUGUGUUGCCUGUCAAUGAAGGGUUGGCGCAGCUGGACGGCGAGAGGGAACAUACAGUAGGCCUUCAGUCCUCCAGUCAGAUCACAUUGGACUUUGAGGGAAAUUCUGUCACAGAAAGCCAGACCACGCCUAGUUAUGGGGACAGAGACAGAGUAUCACUUGCAGAGACAGAAUCCACAAUCCUCAGGGAAAGGAGGGACUCUGGAGUAGGUGCUUCACUCACAAGACCUAAUCGGUUACGAUGGCCCAGCUUUCAGAUAGCUAAUCGCCUUAGUCACUCAGUGGCAUCACUGCAGAUCACCAACCAGUCAGCGGGCCAGCUGAGUUUGCUGCAGAGGUUUUCUUUGCUGCGCCUUACUGCAACCAUGGAGAAGUACUCAAUGUCCAACAAGCAUGGCUGGACCUGGUCAGUGCCAAAGUUUAUGAAGAGAAUGAAGGUACCAGACUAUAAGGAUAAGAAUGUGUUCGGAGUGCCCCUGAUAGUGCAUGUGCAGCGUUCUGGACAGCCGUUGCCCCUCGGCCUGCAGCAGGCCCUGCGGUACCUGAGGAGCCAGUGUCUUGACCAGGUGGGUCUCUUUCGUAAAUCAGGGGUGAAGUCUCGAAUUCAAGCUCUCAGGCAGAUGAAUGAGAAUUCUCCAGACAAUGUGAACUAUGAGGAUCAGUCUGCCUAUGAUGUGGCUGACAUGGUGAAGCAGUUCUUCAGAGAUCUACCUGAGCCUCUGCUCACCAGCAAGCUGGGGGAGACCUUCCUCCAUAUCUACCAAUAUGUGCCGAAAGACCAAAGGUUGCAAGCUGUCCAGGCUGCCAUCAUGCUGAUGUCAGAUGAAAACCGAGAGGUGCUGCAGACUUUGCUCUGUUUCCUCAGCGAUGUCACUUCUUCUGUGGAGGAGAACCAGAUGACGCCCAUGAACAUCGCUGUGUGCCUGGCCCCCUCCCUCUUUCACCUCAACAUACUCAAGAAAGACAAUCUCUCGCCAAGGGCCAUGCAGAAGAAGUAUGCCACUGGCAGACCAGACCAGAAGGAUCUGAAUGAAAACUUAGCAGCAACACAGGGUCUUGCUCAUAUGAUCGUAGAGUGCAACCGUCUCUUUGAGAUCCCUCAUGAGAUGGUUACUCAGUCGCGUAAUUCAUACGUGGAGGCUGACUUGCAUGCACCAACAAUUGAUGAGCUGUGCAAGCAUCUGGAGGAUGGCAAUGGAAUGUACCAAACUCACAUGGAGGGGAGACUUCAGAGCCAGCUCAAAGAGGCCCGGGAGAAGUCCAAAUACUGGGUGUCCUGCAGCAGCUCUGAUAACACAGAGCUCUGUUACAAGAAGGUGGGAGAUGGGAACCCUUUGAGACGCUGGCGAGUGUCCGUGGAGGUGGAAGCCCCACCGUCUGUAGUCUUGAACCGUGUGCUACGAGAGCGCCACCUGUGGGAUGUGGACCUGCUGCAGUGGAAAGUGUGUGAGACACUGGACAAGCAGACCGAGGUGUUUCAGUACGUCCUCAAUCGCAUGCCCCCUCAUCCCAGCAGGGACUUUGUAGUACUCAGAACAUGGAGGACCGACUUGCCCAAAGGCACCUGCUCCCUGGUUUCUGUGUCAAUAGAGUAUGAGGAUUGUCCUCCUGUUGGAGGGGUACGAGCUAUAGUCCUGGAGUCCAACUACCUGCUGGAGCCCUGCGGCUCAGGAAAGUCCAGACUAACUCACAUCUGCAGAGUGGACUUGAAGGGAAGGACUCCAGACUGGUACAACAAAGCCUUUGGUCACCUUUGUGCCGCAGAAGCUGCCCGGAUACGCAACUCCUUUCAGCCACUAAUCACAGACGGCCCAGAGACCAAAAUCUGAACUGUUUGCCAAUUGUGUCUGCUCAGCCUUGAGAUCAAGAUUGAGCCUUUGAGUCAUUGCUAACAGGCAGACACAAAGCAUAGACAAGACCCCGCAACUAAAGCACAGUUUGAAACGUUUUUUUUUUUCCAUAGUAUAAAUGCUCUGAAAAUGAUGUUGAGCUCCUCUGUACUUGCACAAUGACAAAAGAGGACAUCUUAUAGGUGCUGAGCAUAAUUACCCAGCGGGAAAUUAAUCAUCCUGCCAAUGUCCUUAGCCGUAGUAUUCUAUUUACCAUUAUGUUGCUAAACCUGUAUGUUAUAAUUAUUAUCUUUAAUAAUAUUGUAUUACUGUUACUUUAAUCUACAAUGUCUAGGACAUUCAAGUUCUUAAACGCUUCUGGGAAGCAUGUAUAUGUUAUUCAUUUCAGAUUUAAAGCUAUAAUUAUUAUGAUGUAGACUCUGUAUAUAUGUGUGUGAAUAUACUGUACAUCUAAGCAAGAUGUAUAUAUUGUAUAUAUGUCAAGGGAUGAAUAGUACAUAUGUUAAUAUCCUAUAUAUUGAUUAUUUCACUGUGUCAACCCUUCUGUACUAGUACACAUGGUACAAAAUUGUAAGCUGGUUUUACUUUGCUCCAGUAUUGCCAUCUUGGAAUGGGUGUAAUUUUAUUCAACUUUGACCUCCUAUGGUUGUGAAAAGAAUGACUUAAGGUUUGACUUGAUCAUACCUGCUUAAGGGUACUGGAUUGUGCAGUAAAGGACAGGAGACAUCAUUUUUUAAAUAAAACUAUCACAAUCAUAAAA